AGCCCAGGAGAGGUGUUCCCAGAGGACAUUUUCCCGGCCCUGGGCAUGGGAUACCCACAAAGACCCAGGAGCCCAGGAGAGAUCUUCCCAGGGAACACUUUCCCGGGCUGGGCAUGGGAAACCCACAAAGACCCAGCAGCCUAGGAGAGGUGUUCUCAGAGGACAUUUUCCUGGGCCUGGGCAUGAGAUACCCACAGAGACCCAGAGGCCAGGAGAGGUGUUCCCAGGGGACAUUUUCCCAGGUCUGGCUAUGAGAUACCCUCAAAGACCCAGGAGCCCAGGAGAGGUGUUCCCAGAGGACAUUUUCCCGGGCCUGGGCAUGGUAUACCCAGAAAGACCCAGGAGCCCAGGAGAGGUGUUCCCAGGGGACAUUUUCCUGGCUCUGGGCAUGGGAUACCCACAAAGACCCAGGAGCCCAGGAGAGGUGUUCCCAGGGGACAUUUUCCUGUGCCUGGUCAUGAGGUACCCAGAAAGACCCAGGGGCCCAGGUGAGGUGUUCCCACAGGACAUUUUCCUGGUCCUGGGCAUGGGAUACCCACAAAGACCCAGGAGCCCAGGAGAGGUGUUCCCAGAGGACAUUUUCCCGGGCCUGGGCAUGGUAUACCCAGAAAGACCCAGGAGCCCAGGAGAGGUGUUCCCAGGGGACAUUUUCCUGGCUCUGGGCAUGGGAUACCCACAAAGACCCAGGAGCCCAGGAGAGGUGUUCCCAGGGGACAUUUUCCUGGGCCUGGGCAUGGGAUACCCACAAAGACCCAGGAGCCCAGGAGAGGUGUUCCCAGGGGACAUUUUCCUGGGCCUGGGCAUGAGGUACCCAGAAAGACCCAGGGGCCCAGGUGAGGUGUUCCCACAGGACAUUUUCCUGGUCCUGGGCAUGGGAUACCCACAAAGACCCAGGAGCCCAGGAGAGGUGUUCCCAGGGGACAUUUUCCUGGGCCUGGGCAUGAGGUACCCAGAAAGACCCAAGGGCACAGGUGAAGUGUUCCCAGAGGACAUUUUCCCGGGCCUGGGCAUGAGGUACCCAGAAAGACCCAGGAGCCCUGGUGAGGUGUUCCCACAGGACAUUUUCCUGGUCCUGUGCAUGGGAUACCCACAAAGACCCAGGAGCCCAGGAGAGGUCUUCCCAGGGGACACUUUCCCGGGCCUGGGCAUGGGAUACCCACAAAGACCCAGGAGCCCAGGAGAGGUGUUCUCCGAGGACAUUUUCCCGGGCCUGGGCAUGAGAUACCCAGAAAGACCCAGGAGCCCUGGUGAGGUGUUCCCACAGGACAUUUUCCUGGUCCUGGGCAUGGGAUACCCACAAAGACCCAGGAGCCCAGGAGAGGUGUUCUCCGAGGACAUUUUCCCGGGCCUGGGCAUGAGAUACCCAGAAAGACCCAGGAGCCCUGGUGAGGUGUUCCCACAGGACAUUUUCCUGGUCCUGGGCAUGGGAUACCCACAAAGACCCAGGAGCCCAGGAGAGGUGUUCUCCGAGGACAUUUUCCCGGGCCUGGGCAUGAGAUACCCAGAAAGACCCAGGAGCCCAGGAGAGGUGUUCUCCGAGGACAUUUUCCCGGGCCUGGGCAUGAGAUAACCACAAGACCCAGGAGCCCAGGAGAGGUCUUCCCAGAGGACAUUUUCUCGGGCUUGAGCAUGGGAUACGCACAAAGACCCAGGAGCCCAGGAGAGGUGUUCUCCGAGGACAUUUUCCCGGGCCUGGGCAUGAGAUACCCAGAAAGACCCAGGAGCCCAGGAGAGGUCUUCCCAGGGGACACUUUCCCGGGGCUGGGCAUGGGAAACCCACAAAGACCCAGGAGCCCAGGAGAGGUGUUCCCAGGGGACAUUUUCCCGGGCCUGGGCAUGGGAAACCCACAAAGACCCAGGAGCCCAGGAGAGGUCUUCCCAGGGGACACUUUCCCGGGCCUGGGCAUGGGAAACCCACAAAGACCCAGGAGCCCAGGAGAGGUGUUCCCAGGGGACAUUUUCCUGGCCCUGGGCAUGGGAUACCCACAAAGACCCAGGAGCCCAGGAGAGGUGUUCUCAGAGGACCUUUUCCCGGGCCUGGGCAUCACAAACCCACAAAGACCUGGAAGCCCAUGGAAGUUCUUCCAGAGGAGAUCUUCCGCGGCUUGGCCAUGGAGCCCCAACAAACACGUAGGGUCCCAAAAGAGGUCAUUCCUGAGGGGUUUUUCCCAGAGUUCAUCUCUAGGCCAUCGAAAGCCUAAAGAAGACCAUAAGAGAUCUCUGAGCUGGCAAUGCCAUGCGCAGAGACAGUAAGGAACCCAGGCGAAGUCUUUCGAGGACUGUCCGCCAGCCACCAAGAAACACCAGGAAGCCCUACUCAUGUCCAGCCUGGCUUCAGCACCACUCUUGAAAAUCACUCAGCUGGGAGCCUCACCCAAGUCUGGCCAGUGCAGGUGGUCACAUCACACUCCCUCUCCGAGCAGCUGGCGCCAGCUUUCCCAGGCAGCCAACCCUUCCUCGGUUCCUCCUUCCUGCGAUCCACCAGAGCCUGCACCUAUGCCCAACAGGCCAGAAUGAUGGGAAGGGCCGUGUCCUUCCUCCUCGACUCCUGGCUAGAGAUGCACGUCCAGGAUGGACCUCCCAGCCCACUGACUCCACUGCGGCAUCCCCAAGCCCGCUGAGGAAGAGAGGCCAGCUGCGGCCCAAACUCGAGUACCACCUGCAGAGCCAGUGCCACCUCUACCUUCAGCUCCCUCACCAGCUGCAGCACUGAAAUGAGAACCAGCUGCAGGAGCCACUGCUCCACCAGUUCCACACCGGGGGUCCCUCAUUUCACAGCGGGUGUCACCUCCUGACUGCCCCCUGUGGCCAGCUCCUGACACAUACCCACUCUUCUGCACCCUGGCUGUUGCACUUCCUGUUGUAUUCACUCGUACCUUUAAUUCCCAGUUCUCUGUAAAUAUAUUAAUUUUAAAUGUAAUUUCAGAGUUAGUUUUUUGUGAUGGUCAGUGGCAUCAAGUACACUUGCAAUGCUGUGCAACUUCCACAACUGUCCGGUACCAGAACAUCUUCCUGGUUUCCGUACCCAUAUGCAGUCCCUCACCUCUACCCUGUGCCAGCUCCUGGCUGCUGGUCACCUUUCUUUCCCUGUGAUUUACCUAUUCUCAGUUUUUUUCACCUCUGUGAAAUGAGAUUUCUCGUUGGCCACAUAGGAUUGGAGGGGUCUGAUUCAUCUUAGUUUAGGUUAGAAGGGGAUAUAGUCCACAGUUUACAGGUAAAAAGCA